GGAAAUGCAGUCCGGGUAGCAGCUGGAGGCGGGCUUUCCGGAUCGCGCAGUGCAUGCAGGGAAGCGAGCCCCGGAAGUACGAAAACCAAUGGGACGAAACGGGAAGGAGGAAAGGAGCUGUCCCACUCCUCCUACGGUGGCCCUAAGGAGCUGCGAAGUUGGCUCGAGAGAAUUGUAUCAUUUUUUGAGAUUCGAAGUCGUGAUGUCUUUCAAGAGGGAAGGAGACGAUUGGAGUCAACUCAAUGUUCUCAAAAAACGAAGAGUUGGGGAUUUGCUGGCCAGUUACAUCCCAGAGGAUGAAGCGCUGAUGCUACGGGAUGGACGCUUUGCUUGUGCCAUCUGUCCUCAUCGACCUGUACUGGACACACUGGCCAUGCUGACUGCCCACCGUGCAGGCAAGAAGCAUUUAUCUAGCUUGCAGCUUUUCUAUGGUAAGAAGCAGUCAGGAAAGGAGAUGGGGCAUAAUCCAAGACUGCAGAAUGAACUGAGGAGGGAAGAGACCAAACCUGAGGCUCCUCUGCUAACCCAGACUCGACUGAUCACCCAGAGUGCUCUGCAUAGAGCUCCUCACUAUAACAGUUGCUGCCGCCGGAAGCACAGACCAGAAGCCCCUGGUCCCUCUAUAUCCUGCUCCUCUUUGCCAACCCAGGAGACUGAGCUCUCGAGAGACAGAGAGACAGAGAAAGCAGCCGAGAGACAGAGUGAAAAGAUCAGUAGGGAACGUGAGCCUGGGCCUGGCCUGCAGACUAAGGAGUCAGCUACUGCCGCGGACCCUGCACCUAUGAGCCCCAUGAGAAGACGAGCCCUGGACCACUACCUUACCCUUCGAAGCUCUGGAUGGAUCCCAGAUGGACAAGGUCGAUGGAUAAAAGAUGAAAAUGUUGAGUUUGACUCUGAUGAGGAAGAACCUCCUGACCUCCCCUUGGACUGACAUUUUUCUCCACUUGUUUCACACACACAGUGGGUGCUGGGAGCGUAACUUUGCUCAAGUCAGGUUCCUUGUCCAAUCAGAAUUCAGAUCUGUCCAUUUUCAGCCUGGCCACUCCUUCCCUGCAAUGUACAGCGCGCCCCAUGUUUCUGCCCCUCCCCCACCGGCCACCAAGUCAUGCCAAGCGUCAGCUGCACGCAGUCCGGCGCCCUAUUAAUAAGUCUGUCAGAAAAAGGUCUUUGCCCUUCACAUUGUCUGCCCCCUUCCCAUCUCCAUUCACAGUUCUUCCCUCCAGAUCAAACGAGGGCUGUGAGCAAGCCAUGGGGGGCUCUGGCCGUAGCUGGAAACAGGACUGCAGCCAGGAAGCCUGUGGAAGUAGAAAGACUAAAGGCAUUCAUUGCAGGUUUAUGGGGAACACCGGGCCAGGGAGCUCCCCCACCUCCAAGAAACCUGAAGCGCCCUGCCUGCUGAUCCCCAGAGUAUAAAUAAUCCCGAUGAACUGGCAGUAACUCUUGGGGAUUAGCGCCAAGAGCCCCACCCGAAAGCCCAAGGAAGGAGGCAGGCACAGUGGACAAAAGGGACUUUAUUUACAGGGAAGAAGAUGGGAUGAGAAUUUACGUGUCCGGGGCUCCCAGCUCUCACUGGUAAAGGGCAAGGCAAUGUUAUCUCUUCUUUUGCUGGCGACCUGUAAAGACGGAAAA